AUGACGGCCACAGCUAAAGACCUCGAUCCAUUUGUACACGAACAAUUAAUUAAAAUUGGUCUGGAGGAGUACUGUGAUACAUUUGCAGCAAACAAAAUUGACAAAGAGAGUUUUUUUUUGCUGGAAGAGACGGAUUUCUCUGCGCUGAUCCCAGUCGUCGGCCACAAAGCCAAACUCAGAAACCAUUGGAAUAAGCUUCAGAGGGAACGUGAAGAUGGAGACAGAGCGCAGCCCUCCACCAGCAGGACCCCAGGACCUCAAACUCCAGCUGCAGGAAAGAGAAAACAAAAUCCAACAACGAAGCAAAACAAAAGACAAAAAGGACAUAAACUUGAUUAUAACUCAUUGACAGAGACAAAGCUGGAGGCAGCGAUCGACCUGAUGGCCAAAGUCAAAGAUAAGAUUUCAACUUCGAAAGAAAAAGCUGGAGACAAGAAUGUGUUCCUCAACUUCUUAGGGGAGGAGAUGGAGGAUUUGAACACAGAGAAGAAAGAGCAGAUUGGACUCUUUGGUCGUAGCGGGGCUGGAAAAAGUUCCCUCAUCAACACGGUCAUUAACGAAGAUAGGCUGCUUCCUACUAGCGUUGGCCAGGCAUGCACUUCAGUUAUUAUAAAAGUGGAGGCCAAUACAAAAGAUCAGUAUGAGGCAGAGGUGGAGUUCAUCUCUCAAGAGGAGUUUGAUGACUUGAUGUUCUCCUGUAACGAACUGGCAGAAACCCAAGCCAAAGAUGACGAGAGCAAAGAUAUAAAUGAAAAGAUGACUGCUCUUUUUGGAAAUGAAAGGAACAUUCAAGGAAAAGAAUUUAAAAAAUCCAAGAAAACAAUUUCAGAGUUAAUUGACAAAACGAUAACUCUCAACAAUGACUCUGCCUCGGAACUUUCAACAAGUCUUGAAAAAUACACCAAAAACAAAAGUGACCCAUCACAGAUAAUGUUUUGGCCGGUGGUGAAAUGUGUCACGAUCAAAGUUCCAAAGAACAAGCUUCUACAACAUGUGACACUGGUGGAUUUGCCUGGAACAGGAGACUGCAACAAGACGAGGAACGACAUGUGGAGAGAGAUGGUCAGCUGCUGUGGAACAGUGUGGGUGGUGACUGAAGUGACUCGUGCUGCCUCAGAGAGUGAGGCCUGGAACAUCCUCGAAAGUGCCAGCGGACACAUGGGGAACGGAGGAGAGUGUCAUAAUAUUCACUUCAUCUGCACCAAGUCAGACUCUGCAAAAUUCUCACCGGAGGAAGUCAAGAAUGAAAUCAUCCAAAAAUUCAAAGAUCUUCCGCACAUCCAGAAUCAAUUUGAAGAGAACUGCAUUCAAGUUUUUAUUGUGAGCACUAAAGACACAGAACCAGAAGUAAAUGAGAUAUUUAAACUCCAGGAUUUUCUUCAAAGUCUGAAUGACCAGAGAGAUUUUGUGUCAAAUUAUAUAUCGUCAGCCUACAGCAUCCUGGCUCUGAUGAAGGGUGUGCGCUUUGGAAAUGCUGAACAGAAAAGUAUGCUGUAUGAAAAGCUUUGUACCAGAAGAGUUAGUAAGAUCAAACAGAUGAGGAUGGAGAUGGAUCGUGUAUACAGUGACUUUGAAGAGCUUCUCACAGAGGGAGUCAACAGGGCCAAAGAACAAGGGGAAAAAACCAUGACAGAUAAGAUAGAGAUCGAAAUAGGAGGUCAUUUCCAAAGGUUCAAGAGUGUUAUGAAGAAAAAUGGUAACCAGACAUCCAAGAAAGGAGAGCAAAUCAACCUCAAGACAACAUUAUCCUCAUUUCUGACCAACAGCAUUGACUUGAAAUUCAGAAAAACCUUUCCAAAUUCUGGAAAGCAUGGACCCUUCUAUAGCAGAAUUCGUGAUUUUUCACUUGAUUGUGAACAGUUGAUUAAAGAUAACCAGGAAGUUGAACUACUGCUGAUAUUUCUGAAGAAAGAGGAAGAGAAACUGAAGACAAAACUUUGCAAAGUGAUCCGCAAAAGAAAGAAACAGAUCUACAACUGUCUGACAGAGACUGUGGAGGAAAUGAUGGAGGACGGAUAUAAAGACGCAGCACGCAAGUCAAAGGUGAAGGUCAUGAAAGAAACCGUUUUGGGUCAUUUUCGAAAGACAAAAGAUGCCAUGUUUGAAGAAGCCAAAAAGAACAUGUUGACCCGUCUUCGCCAACUCAUGGAGGAAAUCUUAAAACGUAUCGAGGACGACCUGGAGAAAGCAAUGACUCUGUCCUUAAAGAAGGAGGUGACAUCUGUGCCAGACGUCAAAGAGGAAUUUACCAAGAUGGAGAAAUACUACAAAGAAAUGGAAGCAAAAUAA